AUGUAUGAGUCUCCAGAAUUCUCGUACAGGGACUUUACGGAAACUUUGGAUUUAGAAGAUCGAUUUGAUACUGAUACCCUUCUAUUUACUCAUGAAAUAAUAGAAAAUGGAACCGAAAGUAUUGAAAAAAAUUCUAUACCUGUAACUGAAGGGAUAAUAUCCCCUGUUAAAAACAAUUUACUUUUAAGUUGUAACGAUUCAGGUCAGCAUUUUUCUAUUGGAACUGAAUCCAUAACUGAACUUAAUACUCAGAGUUGCCAAAAUGACAUCAAUAUUGCUAGUAUCGUACCAAUUCAUAAUUCAUUUUAUGAUGAAUCAACAUUAUUGGACGAAAAUAUAGUAGACCAGUUUCUGAUACCUACACCAACAUCUUCAAAUUCAAAUGAGGAUGACAAGAAUAACGGCCCAGAUAUUUUAGCGCUUUUUUCAUGUGUUAUCUGUCAUGAUAUAUUUACUACUGACGCCGAUCUUUUAGAUCAUACUAUUCUAAUGCAUGCUUCAAUAAAUGUAUCCGCUUCUGAAACCGGUACUACUUGUACAAAUUUUGAACUACAAGAUACCAGCAGCAUCACGAAUUUUGACGCAGAGUGGCUAGUUUGUUGCAUUUGUGAACGUGUAUUAUCGAUGGCAUUAGAAAUCGAACCUAAUGAACAAUUGUGCUGUCUUGACGCUUUUGGCAAAGGGUGCGUGGGAUCACGAAAACUUGACGCUAUGUUUGUGUGCGAUGUGUGUAAUUAUUUGUUCGCUGACGGUGAAGCACUCGAUCGACAUAAACUUACUUGUACACGUAAAAAUGAAUUGAACGAACAACCACCUCCCGAAACGUUGGACUUGUCCUGUACAUAUUGCGGACAGGAGUUUCCCACUGAAAUCGAAUUGAGGAACCACGAAGACAGCCAUCGAGAAACACGUCCUCAUCGCACGUAUAAACGCAGCUCGGACAGUAAAAUGUGGAAUUGUGGGUCUUGUAAUCAACUUUUUGCUACUGCAAGGGAGCUAUACCGUCACAAAAGGGGAGAAGACCGACCCCCAGGGACUCCAUUAAUGGCUUACGUUUGUGAAGAAUGCGAUAAAGUUUUGGGCAGCAUGUGCGCUCUUCAUACCCACAAGAAAAUGCAUAAAGUUAUCAAACCCGGCUUCCCUUGCAAAAUAUGCGGGCGUCGCUUCAACCAGUCAGGGCACCUCGCGAUCCAUAUGCGAAUGCACACUGGAGAACGGCCCUACCCGUGUGAUCUAUGUCCUAAGGCUUUCAAAGUUAAGGUGGAGCGAGACGACCACCGACGCACGCACACGGGCGAGCGGCCAUUCGCCUGCAACGCCUGCCCUAAGACCUUCACUGCAGCUGCACGCCUGCGUGAACACGCCAGGAUUCAUACUGACCAGAGGCCAUACAUUUGCGACAUAUGCGGCGCGGCGUUCCGUCGACCCUAUGCUCGGACCGUGCACACACUUAUUCACACCGGGCAGAAGCCUCACGAAUGCGAUGUCUGCGGGACGGCUUUCAGGCGUUCCGGAGAUAUGUGGAAGCACAAACGCACUCUUCAUGGUAUUCAACCGACAGAUUUGGCCAACUAA